GCAUUUUUUCUGUAAUUCCUAUCUGCGGUGCCACCAGUUAGAGAGGGAUGGUUACCUAUACAAGGAAGCCAUGGCUCUUCUUUGUUCUGCUUCUUGUCCUGUCUUACUACAUAGCAUCUUUCUCCAUUGCAGGAGAUACCCUUUCAGCAGGUCAGCCUCUUUUAGCGAGUAAAAACCAAACCAUAACAUCUGAUGGUAGCAAUUUUGUACUCGGUUUCUUCAAACCAGGUGCUUCUUCAAGAAUAUACCUAGGCAUAUGGUAUAACAAUGAUUAUGGUGACCAAGCCAUUGUUUGGGUAGCAAAUAGAGAAAAGCCUAUGUCUGACCCAUCUUCAUCAAGACUCGAACUCUCCGAAGAUGGCAAUCUAGUCCUGCUUAGCGGUUCCUCCAACAUACCAUUUUGGUCGACAAAUUUGACACAUCCCCCCCUGUCAAACUCAACUGAAGCAGUUCUUGGUGAUGAUGGAAAUUUUGUUUUGAGAGGUAGAUCGAACACUUCUUCUAUAUUUUGGGAGAGUUUCGACCAUCCAACCGAUACAUUGCUGCCAGGUGCGAAGCUCGGGGUCGAUAAGAUUACUGGAAAAUCAAAGGAGCUUAUUUCAUGGAAAAAUUCACAAGAUCCUGCACCAGGUAUGUUCUCCUUCAGGUUAGCCCCAGAUGGAAGCGGUCAAUUUAUCUUGGAGUGGAACAGAGCCCAAAAGUAUUGGAGCACUGGAUUUUGGAAUGAAAAAUAUUUCAGCUUAGUUCGUGACAUGUUCAUGAAUUAUAUAUCCAACGCCACUUUUGUGUCAAAUGAAACUGAAAGCUAUUUUACUUAUUCUGUUAAAAACAGUUCUUCCAUUUCCAGACUUAGGUUUGUCAUUGCGUCUUCGGGGGAGCUCCGGCAACUCUCAUGGUCGAACAAAUCUCGGGUUUGGACUUUAUUUUGGUCUCGACCAGAAAAUAUAUCUGAUGUCUAUGGUUUGUGUGGUAAAUUUGGCAUGAACUAUGAGAAUAUCCCAAACUCCUGUGUAUGUCUAAAUGGUUUUAAACCAUUUUCAAUUGAAGAAACUAACCAAAGUGAUUGGUCAGGUGGUUGUGUGAGGAAAUCCCCUUUGCAAUAUUGUCAGAAUAAUAAUACUUAUGCUGCUAAUGCUGCUAAUGGCAAAAAAGAUUGGUUCAUGAAAAUACCAAACGUGAGAUUGCCUGUUAAUUCAAAAGCAUUUUUUGAAGUAAAUGCUAUGACUUGUGAAGUGGCUUGCAUGAAUGAUUGCUCUUGCACAGCUUAUGCUUACAAUAGUAGCGGGUGUAUGAUAUGGGAAAGAGAUCUUUUGAACUUACAACAACUCUUAGAUGGUGGCAGAGGUGGACAAAAUAUCUCUCUCAGACUUGCUGCUGAUGAGCAUCAAAGUACCAAAGGCAACAAACGAAAAGUGUGGGUGAUUUUAGCCGUGCUGGUCCCUGCAACAGGGCUUAUCUUAUGCCUCUCAAUUUAUUUUUCAUGCAAGAGGAAGCUCAAACGCAAAACUCAGCGAGAGGAGACUUCAAGAUAUGAUCUCUUGUCAUUUGAUUUUAGUAUUGAACUUCAUGGAAUCAAUGAUAGAACAGACACUAAAAGUAAUGUGAAUAUAAGAGGGAAGAAGAAGGAUGCUGAGUUACCGGUGUUUAGUUAUGAAAGUGUAUCAGCUGCAACUAAUAAUUUCUCAACUGCAAAUAAGCUUGGACAAGGAGGUUUUGGACCAGUCUACAAGGGGAAAUCACAAAAGGGACAGGAAAUUGCAGUAAAAGUGCUUUCAAAAAGAUCUGGGCAAGGGCUUAACGAGUUUAGAAAUGAAACAAUACUAAUUGCCAAACUACAGCACAGAAAUCUUGUCAGACUCUUGGGUUGUUGUAUGGAGCGAGAUGAAAAAAUGUUAAUAUACGAGUACAUGCCCAAUAAAAGUUUGGACUUCUACCUUUUUGAUCAAACCAAGAAAAGGAUGUUAGAUUGGGGGACGUGCAUACACAUUAUUAAAGGGAUUGGUCAAGGGCUUCUUUAUCUUCAUCACUAUUCAAGGUUUCGGAUCAUACAUAGAGAUUUAAAACCCAGUAACAUUCUAUUGGAUAGUGAAAUGAAUCCGAAAAUAUCAGAUUUUGGGAUGGCUCGAAUAGUUGGAGACAAUGAAAUACAUACAAAUACACAUCGAAUUGUCGGAACUUAUGGCUAUAUGUCUCCCGAAUAUGCUAUGGAAGGUUUGUACUCGAUAAAGUCUGAUGUGUUUAGCUUUGGAGUAUUGCUCCUGGAGAUUUUAAGUGGCAAGAAGAAUACUGGCUUCUAUAACAGUAGUUCACUCAAUCUUCUGAGAUAUGCUUGGGAGUUGUGGAGAGAUGAUCGGAGUUUGGACUUGAUGGAGCCAACAAUAGGAUAUCCUUCUUCCACUUCUAUUUUGUUGAGACUCAUUAACAUCGGUCUUCUUUGUGUUCAAGAAAGCCCGACUGAUCGACCCACCAUGCUUGAUGUAGUCUCAAUGAUUAUCAAUGAACAUGCACCUCUACCUACACCCAAGCAACCUGCUUUUACCAGAGGUCGGAAUGUGAUCGACACAAAUUCAACUAUCAACGGUGUAGGAAAUUGCUCAAUAUCCAACCUAACUAUUUCAAUAAUGGAAUCAACAUUAGCUUCUGUGAAAAAGGACCGAGGGUGUUCUAGCUUGAUCCACUUGGCAAUUCAACGUUGCCGCUCAUCUCUGUCGCCAAUCUCCAGGUUCCUCGUCAUCGCCGCCGUUCAACCUCGCCUCCCACCGUCCCCCCCAACCCGUCACCUAGCCCCAGCCCGUCGCCCUGCACCACCCCGUUUUCCCAGCCCAUUGCAUCGUCCCAGCCCGUCGCUAAGCCACAAUCCGUUCGUCCGCCCAGAUCCAACCUUCGCCGCCCUCUGGGCUUUAGAUCGAGAUUCCUCUUAUUCGAUCUUCUCCCCCCUGUCAUUCCAGCGGCCAAUCACACCUCCCCGCCCUCCCCUUUCGCUAAUUGUUCGUGCCUCGGCAGAUGGUGGACUGGGUGCCUCACCAACCGGGGUGGCCGCCAUCUCAACCAUGGGAGGAGCCUUCAAGCUCUCGUCUGUAUGUGGCGUGCUCUCCUUCAAUGGAAAAUCAUUCUCUGUAGUAAGACAGAAUAAGAAGCAGAACAAAGACGAGCCAUGGCUUAAUUGUGCAGCAACAUUGCGUCAUUUCUCCUCUGGCGUUCAGCUAAAUAUUACUGUAUGCAGAUGCAGCGUUGCAAGUCAGAGAGGAGGGAUGGUUACCUAUACAAGGAAGCCAUGGCGCUUCUUUGUUCUGCUUCUUGUCCUGUCUUACUACAGAGCAUGCUUCUCCGUUGCAGGAGGAGCUACCCUUUCAGCGGGUGAGUCUCUUUCAGUGAGUACAACCAUAAUAUCUGAAGGAAGCAAUUUUGAACUCGGUUUCUUCAGACCAGGUACUUCUUCAAAAAUAUACUUAGGCAUAUGGUUUAAUAAUAAUCUUGAUGUCAAAGAUUUUGUUUGGGUAGCAAACAGAGAAAACCCUUUGUCUGACCCAUCUUCAUCAAGACUCGAACUCUCCGAAGAUGGCAAUCUACUCCUGCUUGACGCUUCCUCCAACAUACCAUUUUGGUCGACAAAUUUGACACAUCCCCUGUCAAACUCAACUGAAGCAGUUCUUGGUGAUAAUGGAAAUUUUGUUUUAAGAGAUAGUUCCAACCAGAAUACUAUAUUUUGGGAGAGUUUCGACCAUCCAACCGAUACAUGGCUGCCAGGUGCAAAGCUUGGGAUCGACAAGGUUACUGGAAAACUACAGCAGCUCAUUUCAUGGAAAAAUUCACAAGAUCCUGCACCAGGUAUGUUCUCCUUCAGGUUAGCCCGAGAUGGAAGCAGUCAAUUUAUCUUGGAGUGGAACAGAUCCCAAACGUAUGCGAGCUCUGGAUUUUGGAAUGGAGAAUAUUUCAGCUUAGCUGGUGACAUGUUCAUGAAUUAUAUAUCCAGCGCCACUUUUGUGUCAAAUGAAAAUGAAAGCUAUUUUACUUAUUCUGUUAAAAACAUUUCUUCCAGUUCCCGACUUAGGUUUGCCAUUAAGUCUUCAGGGGAGAUCCAGCAAUACUCAUGGUCGAACAAAUCUUGGGGUUGGAUUUUAUUUUGGUCUCGGCCGGUAAAUAUAUCUGAUGUCUAUGGUUUGUGUGGUGCAUUUGGCGUGAAUUAUGGGAGUACCUCAAACCCCUGUGAAUGUCUAAAUGGUUUUAAACCAUUUUCAAUUGAAGAAACUAACCUAAGUGAUUGGUCAGGUGGUUGUGUGAGGAAAUCCCCUUUGCAAUGUGAGAAUAUUACUUAUGCUAAUGCCAAAAAAGAUUGGUUCAUGAAAAUACCAAACGUGAGAUUGCCUGUUAAUUCAAAAGCAUAUGGUGCUAUGAAUUGUGAAGUAGCUUGCAUGAAUAAUUGCUCUUGCACAGCUUAUGCUUACAAUAGCAGUGGGUGUAUGAUAUGGGAAGGAGCUCUUUUGAACUUACAGCAACUCUCAGAUGGUGGCGAGGUUGGACAAGAUAUCUAUCUCAGACUUGCUGCUGAUGAGUAUCAAAGUACCAAAGGCAACAAACGGAAAGUGUGGGUGAUUUUAGCCGUGCUGGUCCCUGUGGUAGGGCUUAUCUUAUGCCUCUCAAUUUGCUUUUCAUGCAAGAGAAAGCUCAAACGCAAAAGUCAGCGAGAGGAGACUUCAAGAUAUGAUCUAUUGACAUUUGAUUUCAGUACUGAACUUCAUGGAAUAAAUGAUGGAACAGACACUAAAAGUAAUGUGAAUAUAAGAGGGAAGAAGAAGGAUGUUGAGUUACCGGUGUUCAGUUAUGAGAGUGUAUCAGCUGCAACUAAUAAUUUCUCGACUGCGAAUAAGCUUGGACAAGGAGGUUUUGGACCAGUUUACAAGGGGAAAUCACAAAUGGGGCAAGAAAUUGCAGUAAAAAUGCUUUCAAAAAGAUCUGGACAGGGGCUUGAGGAGUUUAGAAAUGAAACAAUACUAAUUGCCAAACUGCAGCACAGAAAUCUUGUCAGACUCUUGGGUUGUUGUAUGGAGCGAGAUGAAAAAAUGUUAAUAUAUGAGUACAUGCCCAAUAAAAGUUUGGAUUUCUACCUUUUUGAUCAAACAAAGAAAAGGAUGUUAGAUUGGGGGACACGCAUACACAUUAUUGAAGGGAUUGCUCAAGGACUUCUUUAUCUUCAUCAAUAUUCAAGGUUUCGGAUCAUACAUAGGGAUCUAAAACCCAGUAACAUUCUAUUGGAUAGUGAAAUGAAUCCAAAAAUAUCAGAUUUUGGGAUGGCUCGAAUAGUUGGAGACAAUGAAACACAAACAAAUACACAGCGAAUUGUCGGAACUUAUGGCUAUAUGUCUCCCGAAUAUGCUAUGGAAGGUUUGUACUCAAUAAAGUCUGAUGUGUUUAGCUUUGGAGUAUUGCUCCUAGAGAUUUUAAGUGGCAAGAAGAAUACUGGCUUCUAUAACAGUAGUUCACUCAAUCUUCUGAGAUAUGCUUGGGAGUUGUGGAGAGAUGAUCGGAGUUUGGACUUGAUGGAGCCAACAAUAGGAUGUCCUUCUUCCACUUCUAUUUUGUUGAGAUUCAUUAACAUUGGGCUUCUUUGUGUCCAAGAAAGCCCGACUGAUCGACCUACCAUGCUUGACGUAGUCUCAAUGAUUAUCAAUGAACAUGCACCUCUACCUACACCCAAGCAACCUGCUUUUACCAGAGGUCUGAAUGUGAACGACACAAAUUCAACUAUCAACAGUGUAGGAAAUUGCUCAAUAUCCAACCUAACUAUUUCCAUAACAGAAGCUCGAUAAAUACUAUCUCAUACAUCAAAGAAAAGAUUUCUGGUAGAACCAACACUUCCAUCUUACAGCUAGAAUAUUGAGUUUCUAUAUAGGUUUGAUAAUUUCGUUAUCUACAUAUUUUCCAUAGUUGAAUGGAAUCAAAUCAAUAUAAUUUUAUUAUGGUAUUUGUAUUGUAUUUACCUACCAUCUUUUUCUUAUAAA